AUGGCACCACCAAUAUAUGUCAAGGGAGGUGUAUGGACCAAUGUCGAAGACCAGAUUCUUCGGGCAGCAGUGUCGAAGUACGGACUCACCCAGUGGAGUCGUGUGGCUUCCCUUCUACCCAAGAAAACAGCUAAGCAGGCAAAAGCAAGAUGGAAUGAAUACUUGAACCCAACAAUCAACCGAUCUGAAUGGUCUACAGAAGAUGACGAAAAGCUCUUGGAGCUUGCUAAGCUCUUACCUCACCAGUGGCGGAGCAUAGCACCGAUAAUGGGCCGUACUGCUACCCAAUGUGUGGAGAGAUACCAAUAUCUUCUCGAAGCUGCACUCAAAGGGGAAGAUGAAGAAGACGACGAUGAAGACGACUUGAAACUAUCAGGGCCCGGUAUUGAAACACUCCCUGCGCUUGGAAAUGCGUUUGAAAGCCUUCCAUCUCGACCAGAUAUGGAGGACAUGGAUGAAGAUGAAAGAGAGAUGUUAUCUGAAGCCAAAGCCAGGCUCGCCAACACACAGGGAAAGAAAGCCAAAAGAAAAGACAGAGAACGCAUGUUGGAUGAAAGUAAAAGGAUAUCUUUACUACAGAAGCGUAGAGAACUCAAGGCCGCGGGGAUUAAUGUGAGUUUGGAACUGAAAAACAGAAAGAAACGUAAUGAAUUUGACUACAACGCAGAUAUUCCCCACGAGCAUCUACCUCCUCCAGGUCUCUUUGAUGUAGCGCAAGAGGACCAAUCAAAUGACAGUGACAGAGCCUCGUUCCAGAAACAGGUGAACUUGAAGGGUAUAAGUAGGAAGGAAGGUGACAAACAGAAACAGAAACAGGAAGAGCGUGCUAAGCAGGAAGGAAAGCGUCUGAGAAAGGAAAUUCUGGCUGCUGCUGAAAUCUUCUCGAAUAUUGCAGAGGAGCAGCAAACCAAAAGAAGAAAACUCGAACUUCCAGCUCCGGGCGAGGAAGAGCACGACGACGUCAGAACUCGAAUUCUAGAGAAGUCAAAAGAAUUACUCCAGGUGAGUGAGACUUAUUUAAAGGAUAGUGCUGCGAAGGUAGAGAAGAAGGCACCGCAAACAAGGACGCUACAAGUUGCCAAAGUGAAAUCAUCAAGAAAACAAAUCACAGCCAUCAUUCACAACGCACUUUCUGCGCUUCCGAAACCGAAAAAUAAUGUUGAGGUUGUUUUGCCUCAACUUGAUUCAAAUGAGGAGCAGUUAAUCUUACUGGUUCCACAGGACUCCGAGGAAGGUAUGUCAAAGAACUUGAAGAUCUUACAGCAAGUUGAAACUGAGAAGGAGAAAUUACGACGUUCACAGGUUGUGCAAAGAGGAUACGUAAUUCCUAGCCCGGAAACAUUGAUACCCAUCCCUAGUACAUUGAAGGGACUAGAGAAGGAUAUCGCUUUAGAAUUUCAGGCUCUUGUUAGAUCAGAUUACACUGAGUUCGAAGAUCCCUCCUCUGGGUUCAACACUAUCGAAGUGGUGGAUGAGCAAAUUUAUGAAGAGGUGCUUAAGCAGAUUUCCCAGGAGUUGAAGAACUCAAAGAAGGAGACAAUUUCCUCGUCUGACGACUUCUCACUUCCAGAAGGUUCAGAAGUCGCAGAUCAAAUUAACGAUGCGCUAGAAAGAUUGGACAGCGCAACAGACAUGGCAGAACAGGGCAUUCAGGAAGACUUCUCCAUGUAUGAGGAAGAAGUCAGAGCAAAGUAUACCAAAUUGCAGGAGGCAUUUGAGACUCUCACUGAUGCCAUUCUCGAUGAGAAGCUCAGUGAGAAUGCUGCUCGCAACGAGGAAAUAGCUAUCACCAUGAGAUCUUCGAGACUUCACGAGUUGGUACAAAUGGUGACUGCAGCAGAAUCGAGGUGCUCUUGA